UUUUUGUAUCUCAUACAUAGACAUUCAAAUGACUCCUGUUUGCAAUCUGGAAUGUCCAAGUAGGCUCCAUGUAACUAUGCAUGGUAUUGUUUGUGUAAAGUAGUAUUUUGUCUUCGCCCAUCAACCCAGAACUAUUCUUGUGGCUUUUUUCAAAGGUGUAAAGAAAUCUCAACCUAAUUUACAUUUUACGUUUGAAUAGUUAAGGGGGGAGGGGGGCGUUGAAAUGUACACUAAGAAUUCCAAUGUACCAAACGUAUCACCUUGAGUGUCUGACAAUGAUAUUCAGUUAUACAUUUUAAUUUGAAUAAUGAGGAGUAAUAUGUGAAACUUCUGGGUUUAAUUCUGGGUUAACCGAGAUUAUAUGGAAGGUGUAACAAGUGGGGUCCAGCUACAAAACAAUUAAUCAAACGCUUAAGAACAUUAAACCACACGUUUUAGAAGGAAUGUGGAACUUCUUGCGCUAUUUCACGACUGGUCGUGAAAUGGUUAAUGGGAAUGUUUGGAAUGAGCUCGUUACCUUGUAACCAAGGAGAGUACCACAGAAGCACACUACAAAACAAACUGGCUGCCUGGGUAGUUAGAGAAACUUAACUUAAAUAAGUGUAGACUGCAGACAGAUUUCAGGUUGAUUUUGACUGUAUUUCGAAAAUUUUAUUAAUUACCAUCUUUUGAAAUUAACAACUUUUUAUAUUCGAGCGUUUUACACUGUAAAUCACUGUAACGUUAGCUAAACUAGCUAACUACGCGUUCAAAUCGCAUGAAAUAAGUGGAACCAGGUGCAGGCUGAGGCAAAAUAUUACAUUUGCGAUAAUACUUUCACGUUAGUUUUGGCUCAUGUCCUGACUUCUCUGCUUGAAGUGUCCAUCAUUUGAUAUUGCUCACAAUGUCCACUGGGAUUCAUCAUGCCACGAAUCAAAGCAUCAAGCCCUUCAAGUCUAGCGAAGAGUACCUGUAUGCGAUGAAAGAGGAUUUGGCAGAAUGGUUGAGAGAUUUGUACGAGAUUGAUAUUGAUGUGAACAACAUUGUGGAGGCGCUCGAGACGGGCGCAGUCCUCUGUUCCCACGCCAAUAAUGUCACACGAGUGGCGGGAGAGUUCAUUCAGAAGUACGGGAUGGUGCGACAGAUCCAGCUGCCAACGACAGGUGUCACGUUUGUAAAUUCGGCCCAACCUGCAACUUUCCUGGCCCGGGACAACAUCUCAAAUUUCAUCAGCUGGUGUCGAAAGCAUAUGGAUAUUAAAGAUGUGCUCAUGUUUGAGACAGACGACCUGGUGCUGCGGAAGAAUGAGAAGAACUUUGUGCUGUGUCUGCUGGAAGUGGCCCGGCGGGCCUCUCGUUUUGGCAUGGCCGCCCCCGUGCUGAUCCAGCUGGAGCAGGAGAUCGAGGAGGAGAUCAGAGAGGAGCUGGAGCUACCCCUGGAGGAGACCCCGCCAGUUGCCAAACCCCAGCGCCGCACCUCCAACACUCAAAACCUGGAUGAGAUGGUCCAGUACCUCAUAAGCCGCUGCAGCUGCCCCACACAGUUUCCCAUGGUCAAAAUGUCUGAGGGCAAAUACAGGGUGGGGGACUCCAGCACCCUCAUAUUUGUUCGGAUCCUGCGUAAUCACGUGAUGGUGCGAGUGGGUGGAGGUUGGGACACCCUGGAGCACUAUCUGGACAAGCAUGACCCCUGUCGCUGCACCUCUAUCACCCAUAAGCUGGCCCAGCGCCCGGGCACGCCGGUCCAUGAGAUCAAAGGCAGGUUGCCGGGGCGCCCAGACGGCCAGGGUCCAACCAUGCCUACCACGCUGCUCAUGAGUCGCCACGCCCAGGCCCCCCUCCAGCCCGUCCUCUGGACCCCCUCCACCUCCUCCCCCAGGGGCCUGAGGCCAGCCAGGACCAGGGUUUCCCGAUCACCAGACCCAAGGCUCAGAGCCUCUCGCUCCCCCAACAGAUCGUCCCUCUCUCCUGACCCAGGCCCCCCGUUCUCCUGGGAGAUGAAUACUAUUUUUUCCAACAGACUGAGACAGAGUGCCUCCACACCCACUCUCCAGCACCACCAGUCUGGGAGUAAGGAUGACUCAGCACUCAACUCUUCCACGAGGACAGGCAGAGAGGCCAUACGCUCAUCCCAAGCCCCCCGCCUCACCAGCAGCCUGCCUCGGUCCAUCCAACGCUCCUCCACACCUCAACCCCAGCCCAAGGCUAAGCCCCAGGCUCAGAGGCCUAGAACCCCACUGGUCUUCCAUAGGUCCCCUGGGCAGCAAUCCUCCCUGCCCCAGCCCAGACCAGAAAACAGGCUUACUCAAACCUGGACCAAGUCUCAGUUUGCUUCUAAGCUCAGGCAGAGCUCCACAUUGGGCGGCAACAGCACAGAACCCCCAACCGGUACUGCACACCAGAGGCAUGGAGGACCCGACAUGGCAAGGGCCGCUACACCCGUCAGAUGCUGCAGCCCCGCCAGAUAUACCCCUGUCUGCCCCAGACAACCCACCAUCACUGUCCAGCAGCCUGAAAACAGUGAUACUCUUCAAAAGAGUCCCGAUUUAAUUUGCACCUUCUGUCCAGCCAAAACAUUCUGGGAAGAAUCCUCUGGGGAAUGCCAAGUAAGGCCCUUCACACCCAUUGGGGGAAACUUGAGGAGGGAUCCAGAUAAGACACCCACCCCUUAUGACAGCACAACCAACCCUUCACACAGCUUUUUAAACAGCGUCUCCAACCACAAGAGAAUGCAGGGCCUGACGAGACGGAAUGCAUUUGGCUUUCCUGUCAAUGACGAGGCUUCUCACAAAAGUACUGAGGUGAGCCUUAAAGAGCCUGAGCAUCCAGAACUAUGUGGCAAAGUCUUUGGGGCAGGAGAAGGAGCGAUAGACCAUGCUUACCUGUCCAUCCCUCCCCCCAUCAGCCCAGCCCAGGAGGCCAGUCUGUACAAGAGUCUGGAGCACGAGAUCCUGUCCAACCUCCAGCAGCUCAGUGUCGACUUAGAUGACAGCCACAGCCUCCCAGAUGACAGAAAACACAAGCAAAACGGUCGAUACCAACAAUCUCAGAAUGUCCCUGAGAGUGAUCAUGGUGGAUUCAGUACAAUUCUAGCUGGGUCUGAACCAUCUCCACAUACCUCAGCCUCUGAUGCCACACAUCCAGGUGAGUCCAGCUUUGAUGCAGUCAUCACUGAGCUCUCCAAAAUGAAUAGGCUGCUGGAAAAGGUGUGUGUGGAGAGCUGGGUGAACACACUCUCAGGCAGCCCUAGAGCCAGUAGAGAGACUUGCAGCAGCACAGAGGUGGUGGACUCAAGCUUAAACCUCAAAGUGGCCAAAGCCUGUGUGACCAGCUCCUGGUCCUCUCUGGGCACCAGUGUCGAGUCCAAAGAGCAGCCCGCUGAUUCUACAACCUCUCCUGACUCUGGGAAUGGAGUUAGCAUUAGCAUCAGGCGCAGGGUUACCGAAGCCAAUUCACCUGUAGUGGACCCCAGAGCCACUACCGCAACAGGCCCUGAUAGCCUGUUGAAACCAAGGAACGGGUCUUUCAGGCAGAAGAGCACCUUGAAGAAACCAGAGAGGGUGCCCUCCAUCUACAAGCUGAAGCUCCGGCCCAGAGUCUGGCCCAGGCACGACUACAGACCAGGCAAGAAGCCCUCGCGGAUCCCCACCCCAAUCUCUUACAGAGGGGGUCAACCUGCGGGGGAUCUUGGAGGGUCGAGAAGGGGGACACACACACCUAGACAAGCAUCACACACACACACCGCAGACAGACAGGGUUCCACAGAAAGGCAGCAUGGCUAUGAGGCCACAGUGACGCUAAGGCAGUGGCAAAUGCCUAAACAGGAGACAGCAGAGGAUCCAGAGCAUGAGUCCUGGGUCUAACCCCUUACAUUUCGCUUCCAUAGCCAAUUGCAGUACUCAAGGGAAAAAUACUCUCUUCGGAUGGUAAUGUACAGGUACUGUACUAUAUUAUUUUUGGUCAAAGCUGAAUUGAAAGAUGAUCUGCAAUCAGUGGAGCGUUCACUUCAACAAAUAGAAAGGUUUUCAACUAUAAUGCUCAGUUUUGGUUCAAUUUUUUUACUUAUUCUGUGUGCACUGCACUCCAUUGUGUGACAAAAUUAUUUUAACCCAAAAUGCAAAACUCUUUCUUCAAUGCUAUGGUAAUCAUAUUUAUCUUUAUUCCAAAAGAAAAUAGCAAUUUUCCGCCACAAUUCUCUAUUCCCUCUCCGAAAGCUGAAUGUUUUCAAUUCCCUGUGAUUUUAUAUGUAAGGGAAAUCUAUUUGGUGGGAGGUCAGAUUUCCAUUUCAAUUUUGCCUCAGAGCAGCACUCGGCUCCAUUCCAAAUGCUCUUUUUAAAUGGUGAACCAGGGAGCAACACACACAGAGGAACACACACAUAAACAGAGGCAGCUGGAGAGCGAGGAGAAUAGAAGCAUUCAGACCUUAAUAUCAGACACAUCUGAGCGUCUCACAGCUGCUGCCUGUGUUACUCCAGGAUCCGUUCUAUCAGAGCACAGAAGAUAAGCAGACAGCCUCACCCAGACCCACAGACUCGGGUAUUGAGGCCUGGCUGAAUUUCAGAGCCAUUGUAUUGAUACAAGGCUGCAAACACACAUCCACACACACUCACAAACUCAGAUAGACAUUAACACACUCCCACACACACACCAUGAGAUACCUUUGGUGGCUGAAGCCACAAACUCAUUUGCUGAGUGAUUUGUUUUUUUGUUUUUUUGAAUGAAAGAUUCAUGAUUGUGAGCUGAAUCACAGAUAAUCAACUUUGAAUAGAUUUUUAUAAAAACAAUUUUUAUCAACGUUCAAGGCAUAAUUUUUUUAUUGACCUCUGCUUCUCAGGAGUGACCCUCUCGUUUACAGUUCCGCGGGUCACUACUUUAGCAUCCUUUGAUUGCUUUACUUCGCCUCAGAUGCUGUCCCAGUCACCUUGUGUGUAUUGAGUUUAUGGCUGCAGCCUGCAGACUUCUAUAUACCCCUCUAGAAGAUCAAGUCUGGAGCUAUUAAUAGCCCUUGUCAGAGCUGCAGCCCGUCACACAACAGCAGCUGUGUUCGCCAUCAGCUCGCACUCAUGUCACGUUCCGUUCCUCGCCUCCUCAGUCUCGACUAGAAAGACUCCUUAAAUUACCUCUACUUGCUGUGGGCCGGCCAGCGAGACUGACACACUGGGAUGAGCUGUACUAGGGACGAACAAUACACACUGGGACAUUCCAGGGAGCAGCAUCCAGUAGCCAUGAACUCAAUUUGUUGUUUUUUCAGCAACUUCAUUUCUCAAAACAAGCUCCUAUUGAGUUUGUUGAGCAAUUGAUUGAUUUGA